AUGGCAUCUAUUUGGGAAAGGCUGAAGAGACUCUUCGGCAAGAAGCUGAGGAGCCUCUUCCGAAGGUCUCUCGAGUUUCCCGUCUCUUUCCCAACAACUGGCUGGGAAAUUCUUCCCGCUGAUAAAAAGCUGGAGGAAGAACAGAUGCCAAGGUAUUUGGAGGAUACCUGCUAUUGCCAUUUCAUUAUGGGCGACAUUUUGCUCUCCCGGUAUCAAAUUGUUGGUAAACUCGGAUGGGGAACUACAUCCGUUGUUUGGUUGGUUCGAGAUCUCGAAAGGAAUGACUAUAUGGCAUUAAAGGUUUUUGCGCUCGAUGUGCUUGGUAGCGAAGAAUCUGCAUACUACGAUCGCAUUGAGCAGGGAAAUCAACAGCACCUGGGAUCGGACAGAGUGAGGACGAAGAUUGGCGAGUUGAAAAUUCCUCGAAAUGAUGGAUGGAAGCACUUGGGCCUUCUACAAACGCCUCUGGGGGAGAGUUUGCUAGAUAUCCAGAACCGUUCGGCCGAUGAGCGUUUGGAUAAGCCCACUAUCAAGUCGACAAUAUAUCAGAUGUUGCUAGCGUUGGACUAUCUGCACACAGAAUGCAAGUUUAUUCAUGGGGAUAUCAAGGGAGACAACAUCUUUCAAGAGAUUGGGGACAAAACUAGGCUUGAAAGAUACGUUCAGGCUGAGAUUGAGAACCCUACACCACGGAAGAUUGUGGUCAGACAUCCUGUCUAUCGUUCUAGGCCACUUGAGCCAGCAUCCCAGUUGGGUAAACUUCAGCUUGGAGAUUUCGGCUCUGCCGAGCCAGGAGACGUCCCACGCAACGGUCAACCUCUCCAGCCCAAUUUCUAUCGAGCACCCGAAGUGAUGCUGAAAAAGGAAUGGAACUAUCCAGCAUGGCGUGCAUUCGAGGGCAGUCCACUGUUCACCUGCAGAAAAGACGGUGGAGCUUACUCCACCUCUGUACAUCUUGCGCAAAUAACCGGGUUGCUGGGACCACCACCUCCUGAUUUCAUAGAGCCUGACACUGUCAGUGCCAAGUAUUUUGAUCAAGACGGGAAUUGGAUAUCUGAGGACUGUGAGGUUAAUACGACCAGUUUUGAAGAUUUGGAGAAUCAUCUUGAAGGGGAAGAUAAGGAGAUGUUCUUGGACUUGAUGAAGGGAAUAAUUACAUGGCGACCAGAAGAUCGAAAGACCCCAAAGGAGUUGAUCGAACAUCCAUGGCUUCAAGGUGUUUUUUGGCCACCUGGUUUGUACAAACCAACUGAGUAG